AUGAGUUUACAGACGGUUUCGUCACUUUUUGGUCUGAAGUUGGAGAUCAAUGGCUCAAUCAAACUGACCUUUUAUAAUAACACCAUAAAACGGAAAUUAAAGUGGAUAUGUUAUCCGCUGCGCAGGAACAGAUUCUAAAUAACGCCAAUGAAGUCAGAGGCGACGCUGCAUCGAAUAUUAAGAUAUAAAGUACAUGAGACUCCACUAAGGAGGACUGUACUUUGACAGAAGAAGAAGAGUGUUGCCUUAUCAGAAUCAAGUGUGAUGAUGCCUGGACGAGUCAGCCAUCUCUCCUUGUCUGUUUUGUGUUUUUUUGUUGUAACUGCAGUACUGCCGACAGCUAAUGUCAAUGCAGAGUCCAACAUGAGACAGUGGGAAACUGUUGGGCCUAGACAGAAUAAGACUGACAAGUUAGUGUGUUACUACCCUCUGCCUGACUCUCCCCCAAACACCACUAUCCCCCAUGAUCUGGACCCCAUGCUGUGUACACAUGUCAUCUUCAUCCCAACGUCUAUCAGUGCGACAUGUGAGGUGUCUGCUGCACGCUCUUUUCACCUUGACCUCUUUGCCAAGGUCGUCCCUGCGAUAAGGAAACAGAACCCAGCCCUGACGGUGAUGCUGUCUAAUGGGGGAGAGUUUGAUCCAGUGCUUGCGUCCCCGUACAACAUGUCAAGGUUCAUCAACAGUACCGUACCCUUUCUGAGGAAGUAUGACUUUGAUGGAUUUGACUUGGACUGGGAGUUCCCCGGCUGGAAUGGUCGCCCUGAUGGACAGCGCCACAAUUUCUCUGUGCUCACUAUGGGACUGCGUGAACUGUUUGAGGAGGAGGCCAGACGGACAUCAAAGCCCCGCCUACUUUUGACAGCAGCUGUGUCCACAGCCAAUGUUAUGUUGGGUAUAUACGAAUUCCACAUCCUGGCAAAGACCCUGGACUAUGUUAACCUGAUGGGUUAUGACUUCAACUCCUUCAACUUGUUGAAGCCAUUUGUGUACUUCAACUGUCCUCUGAAACCAGAAAGUUAUGACAAGGAGUUAUUCGUGACCAAUAACCUGGAGUGGGCAUCACAAGAGUGGGUUCGUAGGGGAAUCCCGAUAGAGAAGAUGUGGAUUGGAAUGCCAACCUACGUUCAUACCUAUACUCUGUUGUCUGAGUACUUCACUGCUCCAGGCUCACCAGCCCGUGGGAAAGGCCAGUGUGACUUCUGUGGCUAUACAUACGCCUGUCAAAUGCUGAAGGAGAAUGGGACGCGUGUGUUUGACAAGGGUGCCAGGGUCCCUUACGUCUACCGAGGUGACCAGUGGGUUAGCUAUGACGACGUGGAAAGUCUCACUGAAAAGGCGCAGUGGGUGAAGGAUCACGGGUUUGGAGGUGUGAUGGUGUGGAACAUGAUUAAUGAUGAUACAGAAGGUAUCUGUGACGGGAAGACUAAAUGGCCACUUAUCAACGCCAUCAAGAAAACACUGUUUGGGGUGUAGGAUAAGUUGGAACCAAGGAGUAUACGGGAUUAAGGAUUACUUCAAGUCUAGGAUUAGUUGGGACCAAGGAUUAUACAGGAUAAAGGAUUGCUUCAAGUCUAGGGUUAGUCGGGAUUUAGGAUAAGAUAAAGUCUAGGAUUAGAUGGGGCCUAGGAUUAUAUGGGAUUUAGGAUAAGAUAAAGUCUAGGAUUAUAUGGGAUUUAGGAUAAGAUAAAGUCUAGGAUUAGAUAGGGCCUAAGAUUAUAUGGGAUUUAGGAUUUGAUCAAGGCUAGGAUAAGUUUGUACCAAAGAUUAUACAGGAUUUAGGAUUAGAUCAAGGCUAGGAUAAGUUGGGACCAAAGAUUAUACAGGAUUUAGGAUUAGAUCAAGGCUAGGAUAAGUUGGGACCAAGGAUUAUACAGGAUUUAGGAUUAGAUGAGGCCUAGGAUUAUAUGGGAUUUAGGAUUAGACUGAGUCUAGGAUUAUAUUAUUUGGGCCUGAAAUAAACUGAAAUUUAGUAUUAGUUGGGACCCGAGUUGGUUUGUGUGUUCUACUCACAAUUUCAAACUUAUUAAGUUGUUUAUAUAAAUAUAGUUAUAAUUAUAUGGAGCAGUAUUAUUUUGGCAAAAUCACGAAAAAAACUUUUAACCAGAAACAUAAAUAGGUUUUUGUUUUAAGGUGAAAUUCUGAUGGAAAGGGUUAAAAUAAGAUCAACAUGUUUGACAUCUCUUUAAAUCCUUAACAUUGUGGGUAUGUGAUACCUUAUUUUUACUAGAAGACAGGUAGGUAUCAUGUCUGGUUAACAUAGAUCAGUAGAAUAACAAAUACCUAACCAGAUACUGGUUGUUGUAUCUUGUCAAUUUAAAUCUUGCCAAUAUUACGAGGAGAUAUUUAACAUACAAUUGCAGGACAACAGCUAAUUCACCUGCAUCUUUGUUGUCAUUUCAAAUCUUGCCAAUAUUGUUAGGAGAUAUUAACUUUAGGUUUAAGUAUUAACUAACCUAUUAAAGUUAGGUUCAUGUUUUUGUCAAAAACAUAUUUCAUAUUAGGUUUGUGUUUAUGACUCUUUCUAUCUACACAGUCAACAGGCAGUGUACCAGAGGGUAUUUGCAAUAAUCUGACAUUAAGUCACAAUUUCACAUUUUGAGGACAAACUAUUACCAUUAUCAGGCCAUUAUGUGCCUUAUUUAGGUACAGUACUCUCUAGGACUUGGUGAAUAGUGACUAGUGAUUAGGUACAAAUUCUCGUUUGUUUGGUUGGGAAUACUGAUGAUAAUUAUUUUGGUGUCUCCUCGGUUCCUCUUGUUCUGAUUUUGUAUUAGCUAAUAUGAUGGUGUUUUUUUCUUGGUGUGUAAAUGUUAUGGUAAACUUUUGAAACCAAAGUUUCCAGCCAAUGGAGAGCCAACAACAGUCUAGAGUUAAGGAGGUUUGACUAGUUUGAGUAUGACUAUAUCGUAAGCGUGCAGAGUGAUUGAAGUAGAAAAUAUAAAUAUUUAGGCUAGGGAUCCACUCCCACUAUGAUUUAGUAAUUGGUCAGCGCUUUUUGCUGUUAUAGAUGAGAUCUAAUCAGUAUAAUUAACUUUAUGAUACAAUGUUUGGCCCUGUGAUACAUUGCAGAAGGUUUGAUUAUUGUGAUGGUAUAAAGAUUUAGAAAUACUAAAAAUGCUGAAGACUUUUGUUGGCUCUAACUCACGUAUUAUCAGAAAUAUCAGUUCCAGAAUGAUGUUAAAAUGUCUAUUUUUGUUUUGAUCUUAUAUCACUCAUUACCACAUUCCUAAUGCAUGUUUUUGAAGUUGUAUUUUUACCUUUUAAAGUUUAUUGUAUUGGUGCCAUAAUAUUUAUUUAGAAAAUUAUUUUAUUUUCUCGCCUUUUUGCACAAUGAAAAAUAUAUAUCGUAUGUUUUAGAGCACUGUAAUUCCUAAAACGAGUGGGAUUAAUAUGUUCCUGAAGUUUUUUUUCUGAUAGCUGUUAAGAUGACUUAAAGCAGCAUAUUACCACAAAUCCAACUCUCCUACUAUCCAGUAUUGUAAAUCAAGCCACCACAACUCCAAUUGGUCUACUACCAAGCCACUCUAGCCACUCCGUUAUAAAGAACAGGUUGAUUUGUUAAGCCCACUAUCAUCAGGUUGUUUGAAUCAGAGAAAAGUGGCCUUUAGGCUAUCUUUGAUUUUGUACAGAUGCAGGUAUUCCAUAAGGUUGUAACUGCCAUUUUUUAGAAAAAAUUUGUUUGUAUAAAUAAGUCCUAGUAAUCCAGCCCUAUGACAAACCUGCCAAUCUUACUAAGGAUGAAGGGUAUAGGAUUUACAGUAGGGAAUGAGGAUGACUGCAUUAUCUACUAUGAACAAAGAAGGCUGGAUUAUAUUUUGGGAAUGAAAGUUUCUGAAUUAUCUUCUGAGAACAAAGAUGGCUCUAUUAUCUUCUGAGAACAAAGAUGGCUCUAUUAUCUUCUAAGAAUAUAGUGGCUGUUUUAUCAACUGAGAACAAAAGUGGCUGGUUUUCCUCCCAUCAUU